AUGGGGAAAUCCAACACAAAGCCCAAGAGCCGCACGGCGCCCCAAUCGAGCGAGUCACCGCUUCACCCCGAGUUCAAGCUCGGUAGCUGGGUCUACAUCAUUCCCCCGCGUCGGGGCCGCGGAGCAUCGAACCGGCAGGCCGGUCCGUACAAGAUCGUCGAAAGAGCGGGAAACGACUUUGGGCUUGAGAUGUGGACCGAGCCGCGCGGUAAACGGUCUGGUGUACACCCCAAAGUCAGCUCUGGCCGACAGGCCAUCUCCCAAAAUGUAUGUACAGUAACUGCGUUGACGACGGAGCAUGUCCACGCCAGCAGGGACCGAUCAAAACGUCUUCUCGUCACACACGUGUACGGUACCGGCGGCCGGGAUCGUCCUGUAACUCGAGACUUUGGAAUCCAAUGGGCAGGUGAAACUGCCGACAGAGAAGGUGCGAACGCAACUCGCCCUCCAUACUUGCAGGAAGCUUCGGGGCAAGUCUAUUUAAGCCGUCCGUCUGGCCUCGUUGUAGUUACGGUAGGUAGUCAAUCGAUAUCCCGCGCCAAAAUGAGAAUCUCACGUAGAAGCGGAAACCCCUUAGGCGGUAUCCCGGGAGACAGCCGAGAGAACCCGAUCAUCCUUGACGACGACGGCUUUUACGCCUCGGCGGGACGGUCAGACCAGCGCAGCUCGCCGGCCUCUGGAGAUGGUAGCGAGUACAGGUGCAUAUGCCAAAUCUGUUAUGAGAUUCAGGAAAUGGUCUUCUUCUGCGGUCACGGGCUGUCUUCGGCAAAAACACCUCGCACUCGGUUUAUUCCAACCCAUCGUCAGGAGGCCGGUUUCGGUUUAUCUGUUGCCGUCCAUUCUCUCGAAACAGAAGUAACUAUAACAGGAGGCGCGUCUCUACGCGAGACUAGGGGCUCGUAUGAGCUCCACCAAGGCUUCAAUAUAAAUUCCGACCUAGACACUGAGUUAGAGCCAGGGCCUCUCUUGACUCUGCGACUUUUACUAUCCUCGAACCGCGUUUCCGCGAAUAUGCCUACUCGAUGCCGGGACCUCAAGAACAAGCGCGCAAGGUUCAAGCGGAGGAAGGACAAACUGUUCGCCCGCGGGAACGAGCUGCACCUUAUCCACCGCGUAGAGAACGGCGCCCUGGAGCACCAGCAGUAUUAUUUUUCGCAAGACGUCAAGCAGCAGAAGGGAGUCGAGCUGUGUCUUGCGAGGCUCUUCCAGUACGCAAGGGAGCUCCAUCGCAGCUGUGGCGCGAAGGCGUACGUCCUGGUGAAGAGGGACGACAGGCACCUCAGCUACGGCAGCCAUGGGGGCAAGCACUGGCCCCCGACCAAGGCCACACUGAAAAACCUGUUUCCGACGAUGGAGAGAAAGACUCCUCAAAGUUUUGUCGACAAGUCAGACGGGCCAUUCCGGCUCGAUCACCCUCCGAAUCAGGGCCAACAGUCGCAGACUGCCAUAGCCGCCGAGAGCGUGGCCCUCCUGCAAGGGCUUGACAGCGAGUGUAUGAUGGGAUUGCAGGCGGGCGGCGAUGGUUACGGAGAUCUUGCACUGCUUAAAGAAUUCCUGGGCUAG